AUGGAGAAUAUGGAUGUUGAUCAGGAUGACGACAGUGAUAGCGGUAUUAGUCAAGCUUACAGCCCUGCUGCUGUCCAUAGUACACUGCGCAUGCCUGACAUUGCGAAAACAGAACUGGCUUCGAAACUAGCGGCAGCAACGUCAGGAAGUCCAGCUCAUAUCAAAGCGCGCGUGUUAUGGAAAUACGAAGGCGUGGAGCCCACGGACUUAAAUGCAGACAAAGGGGAAAUAGUUCUACUUCUUUACAGGGAUAAAAGUAAAGUUUAUGCGGUAAACAGCAAAGGAAAGAAAGGAUUUAUACCGUUUAAUUAUUGCUCUGUGCUACGCAAAAAUGACUUUGUCACAAAUGGCUCUUUUUCACCCGCUGAGCAGACGGACGAAGACGGAAACUUUCGUCCUGUUAAAGUUUAUUUUCACGACGACUUUAUUAAGGAGAAUGAUACAAAUUUAUUUCACUCUAGAAAUACACGCAUCAGUGAAAAGCAAGACUCAUCUUCUAUACCGCGUUGCCGUAGCGACGAAUCGCUCUUCGGUCGUAAUAAGCAGAAAUCACGAACUCGACAGCUGUCGUCUUCACUCGAAGAGUUAACCGACGACAAUCAAACGACGUCGAUGGUCUCCAGUCUCAUUCAGUGGGAUCGGAAAGCUCCGGAGACUUAUCGGCGUCGACAGAAAGUGAAAGUGACUCACUUCAGAAAGUUUGAAAAUGAUGCUGUUAUGGUCUUGUAUGAUUUUCAAGCGGCUGAUGAGAAUGAUUUGGAUGUGUAUAGAGGAGAAGUUGUAACUGUUCUCAACCGAGAUGAUAACGAUUGGUGGUGGGUUAUGAGAGUUGAUGGAGCAGAGGGGUUUAUUCCAAGUUCCUACGCGUCUGUAGAAGCAGUACGCUUCACUGGUAAGUAUUUUGAUGUAAUUUAUUGUUAAUAGAUUACCAGUUUCCUUAAACUUUCCAGUUAAAGACGUGGGGCUGUCUUUCAGGGGGGCGAAAAGAACGAGCAAACGUCUAAAACUGUGCUGUGAGUCGUAACUAAGUCCCAAUAUCUAAGAGAGACUAGGCUCGCUUGUUCCACCUUCCAAAGGUAAUGCGCAUGAUCAAAGUUUAAGGUAAUUUAUUUAACACAACGUAGGUCAUAGCACAACCGCGAAUCAUAUCCUUGCUCAGCACGUGCUACAGAUUUGAAACACAGGAAAAGUUUCAUGACUGCAAAAAUUUUGCCUGGUUAUGGCGUUGUUUAGUAUACCGUGUGGCACGAAAUUUUUGCGGGUUCUAAUUUUUGCGAUUUUUGCGGUUUUUCCAGCGAUCCACAAAAAUAAGUUCCCGCAAAUAGAAAUUACCGCACACAUUUUCCCGCAAAAAUUUACUGCAGAGUAAAUAUUCUUUAACGUAAAUUCGCCACACAAAAAUCACACAUUUUCCCGCAAAAAUUUACUGCAGAGUAAAUAUUCUUUAACGUAAAUUCGCCACACAAAAAUACAGUACUAAGAAAUCGUGUCUGUUCAAUCACAACUUGUCUCUUUCAUUCAGAAACAACGAAAUACUGGUUUAUUGCUUGAAAAUGUGUUUUUCUAUUGCACCUACUCUAUAAAAACGAACAAAAUAUUUUCAAUGCUGGAUACUUUCUGAAAAUCGCAAAAAUUAAUUCCCAGCAAGAAAAACCAAUAUGUCUAAUAACAGAAAUUAGUUCUCGCAAAACACAAAAAGUCGCCAAUCCGCAAAAAUAAACUCCCGCAAAAAUGUCGUGUCACACGGUAUACUAAAACAGCGGAUAGUGUUUUUCGCGCGCUUUGAUUGCCUACUCAAACGCGGGAUCUCCAAUCAGUGCUGUUCACCUCCGCGCUUCCUCCGAGUUACGUCAAACCCGCGUUGGUUACGAGCAAAAUCAGCCUCACGGUUUGCUUCCGUAACAAACGAAAAAAUUUCACCAAUAAAACUAAGAACCUGUUCCCGAUAACACGGAGAAGGCCACGAAAUUUGGUUUGACAGUUUUUACAGGUGAAGCUUUGUCUGUUCCACCUGAAUUGCUGGUUUGCAGGUGAUGUCACGGCUGCCAUGUUGGACUGUUGGUGGUGUGUUGGUCGUCAGAACAAAAGCUGACACUGACAUGUAGAUUCUUCGACCACCAACGUGGCAGCCUUGUCACGUGGUUGCAAACCAAGAAUUUUGCGAUGAAACCGGUGUUUUUUGUUUUCAAAUGCAAAGUCUUUCGUUACUUUAUUUGGCUGGCGUGUUCAUAAAUAAGCUUAGAAAAUUUAAUGAAAUUCAGUAAAUAAUUGUUAUUUAGCUUUCAAUUUAUUCAUUUUAUCGCAGACAUAACACCUAGAAGUACAGAUAGCACGACCAGCGGAAGUUCGGAGAGUAGCAUGAACCAAGUUAGGUUCCAGGACCCACUCUGCACUAUACAUAGUUACAUAAUCGAAGAUUCGGAAUCAGAUUCUGACGUAAAUGAACCACGUGACAUGGAAGAUGACUCGAUGUCAGAAACGGGAUCUGCGGACGACCUUUAUAUCGAUUCCAAGUUUAGCACGUGGUGUUGAAGAAGAUACAGCUGACUCCAGGCUUAUUGCUGGUGAAGUCCAAGCAGAUUUUUGAGAUGGAACUGAGGAAGAAACAGCGCGUGAGAUCUAGACUAACCGAUCUCUCUCCUACACUAAGAGAACUGCAGUAUCGACAUUGAACGUUUAUUACAGACAUGUGCAAUAGUUUAUCAGAGAUGAUAUUAGUUUAUUUAAGAAUUAAGAGUGGAUACACCAGUAUACAGUCUUCUUAGACAACACAUUCUCACAUAUCGUAUAUUCUGAGUGUACUUCAAGAAAUGAAUAACAUCAUGCCCCGGAGCGAACAUACCAUUGGACUUUUUUCCUUCGAGUGAAACGGGCCUCACAGCACUAUUUCAAAAAGCAAAACAGUUUGCUAAUCACUUUUUGAUUUUGCUUUAAUCGAGUGAGCGUUUGAGCUAGCUGCUGGCUAAGUGCGUUAAAUAUCCUGCAUAGGUAGGUUAUUCGCUUGAAACUUACUAAUUUCAACAUGGCCAUGAAUCAUUUAACACUGAGUAUGAAUUUCACGAAAUAGUACUGACUAUGGCCGUGACAAAAUCGACAAGAAUCGUACGUUCUUUUCUGUGUGUUUUUCAUCUACAGCGAAAAAAUUAUUGACUAAUAAAGACUGAUUUUGCUCUCAAGGGCAACGAAUACCGUCUUCUUACUGGGUUAUUUCUAGACCCAGGGAUGGUAACAUAUUUCCAUUAUCCGUCUAUAAGAUUGUUGCUAUCAGUAAUGCCCCGUUUACAUGAAGAAAACUUGUCCUUACCUUUCCUUACCAAACUAGGCGAACCUUUUACACGAGAAACAAAAAGUUGGCUCGAGUAUAGAAGGCUCACCAGCCAAGCCGUCGGGUCACUCUUUUCGAUCGUAGGGUCACACUUUCAGCCGAGCCAACUUAGUCCAUAUAAACACUUUGGACUUUGGCUAGCCCAGCCGGCCGGGUCAACUUGUAUGGUGGAGGCGAGACAAUCAGAGCACGCAUGAGCGCUGUUAUCAGCUCUUGGGAAGGCCGGAUCAACUUUUUUCUCAUAUAGACGCUUACUAUAUAUAUAGUUGACUCGUCUGGGAGGGUGACCCUCUUUCCGGGGUCAACUUUUCUCCAUAAAACUGGGACCUGAGUUUUCAGUGUCUCUCAUGUUCCUGCUUUGACCCACCCUCAUACCCAGCGUCUUCGUUCCCCUUGACCAGCGGUCUCGUCAAGCCAGCAUGCGCAGUAAGGGACGAAGACUCGAGGUACGAGAUUGGCUUUGACCACACCUCCCCCGGCGUUUCAGAUAACUAUCCACUUACAAAGGUGAACGGUUGCCUAGUCCCUGUACGGCGUCUUUCCAAGCCCUCUUGGUCAAUGCAUUUCGGUGACGUAUCCGAGACGAACGGCAGGGAGACGGCCUCAAAAACUUUCUUGGACCACGUGACCCGAAACGCAUCGGCCGCGCAUAAUAAUGAGACCUAGGGACUAGGCAAGGUUAACGGGAGACGAAGAAAGGGAAGAGGACAUUCUCUAUACCCUAAUUUUUUAUUGCCUCACACUUAUAUCUUGGACUCCUCUAUUUACUUAAAUAGGACAGUGACCAACACGAAACCUUGGGCUACUUUGGUCACUGUGCACAUAUCAACAACCUUGUAUAUUAUAUUUAUUUUUCAUCAUUUGCUAACGAACUGAUUCUGUUAGCCAUCUUAUACUGUAUCAACUUGAAUAGUGCGAAAUAAACUUGAACCUUAAACCUUGAACCUAUCUCCGCUCAUCUCCCUCUACGCGUGAGUUCAUGGACCGACGUCAGUGUCAGUCCUUCUGUUAGGUUUAGGGCAGAUUAGAUUUUAAAGGACGAAGUCUCUUUACGCUUCCCUCUACCCCCUCCGCCACAAACACCUUUUAUAUAUGGGCUAGACCAUUUAUCUUUUUUUUAUUGCCUGUCGUACAGAAAAAGAGAUGAUGUCCAAAAUUGGCCCCUGACCGCAUUAAGAUAAACCCCUUACCUACCUAGCAAUGACUUCGUGGAUAAGUUUAACCGCGUUCAAGCAAACCCAGUAUAGUGGGCUUCGUUGGAAUAUUUCGAAACAGUGGUACUCCCCCUCGUGUCCCCCCUCCCCCAAUCCACAAUCAAUAAAUACUGCCGCCUAGAAGGUACGACGACAACCCGACAAGUAGGCUAACAGUUAAAAAAUCCUAGCCACAACAAACACAAAACGGCUUUCCGGACCUGAAAAGUUAUCGGGACUUUCGAGAAACAGGCCCCAGGCUUGUAUCAUAUCGGUAUAGAACUUUUGCGCUAAGGAUCGAGAUCGAGGGGGUUGACUGACAGCGUAAUUCAACUGCUCCCUUGUAUGAAAACUUUCCGCAUUUAUUUUGGUUAGAAAAAAUCUUCAGUUUUUUUUCAGCUAACUCCAGUGUGCCAGGAGUCUGACUGACGUCACGGAGCCAGGAGCCCAUCAAAUUUGAUGGGCUCCUGACGGAGCCGAUUAGAAAUUUGAUAGGACAGUGCAAAGUGACCCACGUCACCAUGAAUGGUUUGACAUUCUUACCACCAUUUCAGUUCUCUUAAUAAAAAAUAAAAAUAUAACAUAAACUGGGAUACAAAAAAAUACGGCAAAUUUUUUAAAGGAUUAAGGAAAGAAAAAAAAGUAUUGGGUUGUGUCAGAAGUGGGAUUCGAACCCACGCCUCCAUUCGGAGACCAGAACGCCCACCCCAUGGAUCAUGGGAAGGAUUUUAUCCUUGAGUCUGGCGCCUUAGACCGCUCGGCCAUCCUGACAACCCUGAUAAUUAGGGUUCAAGUUUAAAGAUAUAAACAGAGAAACAUUCCGAAUACUUGUUGCAAUCGGAAAAAUCAUUUUUUUCUUUCCGCAUGUAAACUAAUUUUUGUACAUAAAACAUAAAAAUCGUACAUUUUGGAGUUAAUAACAAAAACCUGAUCGAUUCUUCUCAUUCUUUGGAGGAUCUUUAAAAUUUUUAGCGCGUCCGAUAAUCCCUGGAAACUAGAAUGCCUGGAGGAAUUUUGGCAGAAGUCGAGGAGAAAAUACCGCUACCAAUGCAAAGUAAUUUUUUGGUUCAAAACACGGAAAAAGCAGUGGUUGUUGCAAACUAUCACAGCCCUGAUUUCACUUAUGAGAAGAUCUCUACAGAAACUGUGAAGUGUGGAGCGAUCGUGGAAGUAUGUCAAGGAACUGGAAGGUUUACUCCAUUUGCGAUUCGAGUGUGGUUGAAUGUCAACCCCAUCUUCGGAAGAAUUCUGUGGCAGCGAAUCUGCGUUUCAGAACAUUUUUGUGUUAAUUUAACCUCAUGGUUGUUUCAUCAGUGGAGAGGAAUGAAAGAAAGUAACGGUAAGGGAACUACGCAGAGUUUUUAAACUUGUGUCUUCAUCGAAAUGGCUGAUAAAAAACGAAAGAGAUAUUUUUUUAUUGCCAGUCACAUUGCAUUGCAUACAUGUUAAUGCUUGGAAAAAGAUAGAAAUCGCGAUCGAAGUUCGAAGUUAAAUGUAUCUUGUAUCUAAAUCUUCAUUUGCAACUUAAGUAGAAAAUUAGGUAUGACUACGAUAUUUUCUAUUCCAACAUAACACACUCUGGUAUCCCCCACCCAAACUUCGCUUUCGGAAACAAUUUAUAGUUUAUGUAAAAUGUGGGGGGCAAGCCGAGUGUGUUAUGGGGGAUUCAAAAAUAAAGACAAGUCGGCAAAAUCUGGAACAGUUGGCCAUGGCUGGUAGUAGUGAAAUCUGCAAUCAAUCCUCAGAUUUUUGCGACAUAUGAAAACCAGGAUUAUGACAACACUGUAAGUGGGUUUCCACAUCAAUAUUUGGUGAAAGGUUGUGAUAAUGGUGAGAGCGAUUUUCUCCAGUUCUACCAGUAAUUAAACUUCUUUAACAUUACUCCUUUGCAUCAACAUGCGAUACUGAUGUUAGUUUUCUAUUUUACUUAUUCCAGCAGCUGACAAACAGGCAAGAUGUGUAUUUGUUUUUAAUCUUGGCAAAGCAUGUUCACUUUACAUGCAAGAGAAAAAAGCAAAAAGCAGUUCUCAAGUUUGUUCAUUUCAUAUUUACAUUAAUGUUCAGCCACUAACAUGUCUGUGUGUGGAGCCUGAUUUGAAUUGGUAAGUGUUUAUAUGGUGAUUUUACAGUCAGUUAAGCCAGAUUAAGUGCACUCCUGUAGAUACUAUUAGUGAAUGGAUUUUUUGAAUAUGAAUCCUUUUAGUCAUUGCCAAUUUCAGAUUCAUUUCUUCAUUCUUGCAUAAGCAAUGAGCAGUAAAUUCACAUUCGAGGAAUUUAAAGUUUCUGUCAGCUUAGCUUUUUUUUGACAUAAAUUAUAUAAUUUUCAUUCUGAGUGAAAUAUAGUCUUUUAAAAUUCACUGCUCAUUGUCUCAGGGCUGUCAACCCCCCGCGUCUUCAAAUAUUAAGAAUUGAUGGGGGAGGGAUGAUAAAUGACGUCAUAAUGCACACGUCACAUGACGUCAUUUGUGAAAAAAAUGCACGGAAAAGAUGUUGUUGGAAUUGUAACAUUUGACCUAACUGGCUUACUUUGCACCAAUAACAUUAUUGCUUACCAGUAUUUUACAAUGUCAUACCGGAGUUUGUGAGGAAAUGUUCGAUGUUAACUGUAAAACAGCUCCAACAACGCAAUGUAUUUGAAGUUAUAGUCAGCAAGUCAAUUCUACAAGAAAUGGCAGACUUUAGCGUUUACCCAGGAGAUUUCAGACUCUAAUCUGGAGACUGGGAGAAAUGGUUCAAAAUCUGGAGGCUCCCGGAUUAUCCGGGAGAGUUGACAGCCCUGUUGUGUAUAGAGGUUGAAAUGUAGAUUUGAUUGUGAUACUUUGUAGUACCAGCAAUGUCUACGGUAACAUAUUCAGAUUUUUAAAUAAUCAGUUGUCAAGAGAUUCGGUGGUUAGCUCGAAAGCUAAGCUCCUCUGACCACCGUACACUUCUACCCAAGCCAUUAAUUUUCUUUUUUUUUCCUUCUUCUUCUCCUUUAUUAGUGUAUUCCUACCUUACUAUAUAUAAUGUAAAUACUUUAUAAAGUGUGAAUAAUAAAAUUGAAUUGAAUUGAUUCUGUGGGGGUACCUAACUUGAAUGUAAUCUUUAAUGCCUAGCAGAAGAACUCUUCCAAAUUAUUUAUAUGUGCGCCUUCACAUCCAUCUUGAGGACAAUUUUGAACGUUGUCAUGCACCUUUGAUCAUAUUUGCAUGGAAAAGGCGUGUUAUAAAUUUUAAAUUAUUAAUAAUAAUAAUAAUUAUUAUUAUUAUUAUUAUUAAUUUUGGGACUCCAUUUCCAGGACAGUUUAUUAUUAUUUACUGUAAGUUGGUUCCCAGAACAGGGUGUUAUAAUUAACAAUUAUUAUUCCAUGAGUGCGCAUUGGAUAUGAGAUGCUAGAUAGCCAACAAGGCAUGUAGCGCUGAGUUGACCAUAAUUGUCUCAUACCCAACAGGCACAAGUGGACUAAUUGUUUUAUUAAAAACACCCACAAAGUAUUGAGAAUUCAUCCCGACUUUAUUUGUAAAAACAACCAAUUUUCUGCUUGUUUUCAAUUUUAAGCAGACGCAUACAGUUACCGUAUUUGGAGAGCAUGGUAUAAUGGCUCAUAUACCAUGAUGGCUAAGCCAAUCCAUAAUCUCUAGAAUUGCAUUUUAUCCAAUUAAGUUUUGAAUAAUAAUCAAAUAGUCAUGCAGUUCUCACAGUGUCUGCAGUAGUGAAGCAAACAUCUAAUAAGCAUCUAAAUUCUAAUGCUGUAUACAAAUGAUUUUGGUGCUUUCCCUUGGUUGUCACUUUAUUUAAACUACAAGAUCCCUCUAAAAUGGGCCUCAUAUGGUCACAUACCCACUAGGUAAGAUCCUAUCUGAGAAUAGAAUUAUUAAAGUGCUCCUUUAUAACUAAACUUCAAUGCUGCCUUAAAAAGGGCUUUGAUUUCAUCAUUUAAAGUUUUACCUGAAGUACAAAGAACAGUUUGUAGUUUUGCACUAUUUUUUUAAUGAACUAGUUAGUACAAAGUUUGCUGAAUUGCCUCUCUGGCAAUCUUGUUUAAAGAGUAUUGUGGUGUGGUCCAUAGGUGCAGACGUCUCCUUGUUGGUCUUGUAGAAUACAUGCAGCUUCAGGAUGUCAUGGCAUGGCUGUCAACUUUAGGAGGAGCUUACUCAGCAAUGGGAGAGCAUUUUUGUAGUUAUGUGAGUGUGUAAUAACUAGCUUCUCUUUAUUAGUAUUGGAUAAACGUUUUCAAGAUUACUGGUAACUUAUAAUUAACCCUUCUAAUCCCAGUUGCUGUUUUUGGCUAUUAUGCCAUCACUAAUGAAAAUUUAAGACAUUCAAUAAAUCAAUUCAAGAAUCUAUAAUUGAAGGAAAUAAUGUGUAAACAGUCUUGCCAACAGAAGUUUGAGGUUUUCACAAGUUUUUGUGCAUGAGAUAUUCACAGACUGAGAAAUGUUUUACUCAAAUUAAUGGAGCGUUGUAAAAGAAAAGGAGAGACCAUGCAUUCACCAAAGUGUCCUCUUUGAUUUCUUUAACUGAGAAUUAUAGAAAAAAAUAAUUUCCACAGUUAAAAUUCAAGACUAAAAUUAAUGAGAAUUAAUUCAAUGACCUCUUCUGCUUGAGUCUGUCCAUCACCUUCAACAGUUCAAAUAGUAAAAUCUUUUGAUAAUUCUUAUGAUGAUUAUUCUAAUCAGCAGAAAACCAACACGUAAAUAGGAAGGCACGAGUUGUGUUUUCCACAGUCAAAAUUCAAGACUCAAGUUUAAUUAAUGAGAAUGAUCAAUUAAAUGACCUCUUCUGCUUGAGUCUGUCCAUGACCUCCAACACAUCAACAUAGUCUGUAAGUCAUCUUUCGUUUCAAGAGAACACAUUGAAAAAUUGUAAAAAGUACAUGAAGAACAUAAAAUUUCAAUUUUACAAUGAUUACUGAUUGUGUGCAUUCAACCAUCGUCCAUUAAAUUUCAUGAUGUUUUAUUGGUUUUUUUUUUCAGUCUGAGAAAGCUGGUCAGAUUUCUCAACAUCAGUUCUUAGUAGCUAUGAGAUUAGGAAAUCCAAUUCUUGCCGCACAGUGUAAAGUUUUUGCUGCAAUGAGCCUUAUACAAAGAGGACGAUUAAAAAUGGCAUCUAAAGUUAUAAGGUGUGUGACUGCAGGCCUUGGACCAUGGGUGUACCAAUGAUUUAUAUCUAAACCAUAUUCUAUUAAUAAAAUUAGUAUCUGGAUAGUAGCUUUUUGUACUACAUUCUUUUGUAGCUUAGGAUGGACCAGGGUGGGUUGUCUCUGUUACUUUUUUCAUCAACUCCCACGUACAUGUAUGUAAAAAUUCUUUUACACCAUUUAAAUUUAUUUUUUUAUUUGAUAUGCAUGCAUACAGUGUACACCCAUGGAUACAGCAUGUACAUGUACUCUGCUAUUAUUAUUACGAUCAUAACUAUAACAAAAUCCUCAAAUCUGAUUGGCUAUCAACUGCCCUGAUUUUAGCCUUAGUAGGACAGUGUAAUAGGACUGUAUGUGUCAUUCCUAAGUAAUUGGACAGUACGUGCCAUCAUGCAUGCGUUCAAAUGGCUUUUUCACUGCUAGCAAAAAUAAAUCUCGGAAUUUCUUGUGUUUUGAUUUAAAAAAGAGCCCAGUAUAACGCAAAUUUUGUUAAUGUUGUGAUUAAUUGGUAACAGAACUUUUUGUCGUCCAAUUCGGUCUUUAUUCAUACUCGUGAUUAAAAAAAUCGGACUCCCGCUAUGCUGUCGUCCUUAAUCACUUAUACAAUUACAGACUGAAUUACAAGCCUCCACUAAGUCCUGUUACCAUUAUUUAUGAUUAUGAUAAUUAUUUUGCUUUGUAGGGAGCAGUAUCAUUUAGCAUUAAAUGGCUUAAAGGAUGAGAAGGUAAUUAAAAUGACCUACAAAAUGUACAUGUAUUGAAUGUAAUGUAUCCUGCCCCUUUCAUUGUUGUCAUUGGCAAAGAUAAAUUUGCUGCUAGCAAAUUAUGAGACAAUUAAAAUACUAAAUGAAAUGGCAAUGCCUCUAUAGAAAAACAGCUUCACUCCUGGAAAAUAUUUGCUCUUGAAGCUAGAUGAGCAAUUUUCUGGGUGCUAUCUGACCAAUGAGAACAAAAAUUGUCCAAAACACUUUUCAUACGUCAAGCACAGUAUUACAUUCUGCUUCUGAUACUGCACUUCUAAAAAAAAUAAAUAAUAAAUUGAAGGGCUUUGAUAUAAGAAUGUCCUCAGAUAAUUUGAUCAGGACUGUAGCUAACAUUUCUAGUUGCCGGGAAUAUGUGAUUAGUAGGAGGGGAAUUGUACAGCAAGGAAGGACUUUUGGUUCUAUUUUCUUUUUGCUUCCUAUAAGAGUAGCUGGGGUUCACUCUCAUCUUAGUGACAGCCCUGGAUAAUUUUUGAUAUUAUUUUGACUGGUGUAACUUACAACGUUUUAUAAAUGAGUCACUGAAAAUUGUCUUUUGCUGUAACAAGCCAAAUUUCUUUUUGAUUGUGACUGUUUCAGUUAUUAUCGUCCUGCAAAGCAGCCUGGAUUAGGAUACAGUACAUAAGGAAACAGCGCAAGGUAAUGACAAAAAAAAACCUAAUAAACAAGAACACGCCUUACCUCACAAAUUUGUAAACAUUUAUAUUGCCUGUAGCAUGAAAUCAAUAAAAACUGAAUUAUGUGUCCAAUGAAGCCGGUGACCAUCGUGCACUUGUCUAAUGUUAAGUCAUUAAUCAUUAUUGUAAUUAUCAAUAAUUAUUAUUCAAUGGAUACAAACCAAAAUGAACCUGUCUCAUGUACACACUUGUCUGGGUCUUGUGAAUGUUGACUUCAAUCAAUCAAUCAAUCAAUCAAUCAAUCAAUCAAUCAAUCAAUCAAUCAAUCAAUCAAUCAUCUUUAUGUUAUGCCCAAAGAUUUCUUUAACCAGUUGUAUGAGGAUUUCCAAAAUGAUAUGAUUUUUAUUGAUUUGUCUCCACCCUACCCCACUGGAUAGUGAGUCACCCCUGGCCAGUGUUUAAUGUUGGUUUCCCCUACUCAUUUUUCCAUUCUAUAUUAAUUUUCUUUUUCAAGCUUGACAUCAGCUGUUUUCUUUUCUCAGGAAAAGUUGUCUAGACUGCUGUCCUGUAAAGACGCUAGCACAAGAUGAUAUUAAGAAUAAGUUAAUAACUUGUAUAUAGACACUGUAUUAUACGUAAAUAUAGUCAUACAUUGUAAGCUAUUGUACUUUGGUCCUCCCUGUACAGAUUUUUUUGUGUGUGUCCAAAAUCAAGUCAUGUUUUUUAUUAUUUUUUCAAUAUUCGUUAUAUCAAGCUAGGAAUUAUCUUGCAGAAUUUUCUUCCAGAAAAAUGUAUUCAUAAUCCUCCUACACUACAGCUGAGUGCAGGAAUUUUUUUAGGAAGCAAACCAGACUUGCUAAAAGAUACCCAGUGAUCGAGCGAAGGUUUCUUUCUGGCAUGGCUUUUAGCAUUCGUUAAGUUAUCAAACAAACCAACUAUGCAACUACCAAGGGACACAAACGACUUCAUAAAUGCUAAACGCCAUGCCAAAAAAGAAACCUUUACUUGCGGGGUAUCUUUUAGCAAGUUUGGUUUUCUUCCUAAAAUAAUUCUUGAGAGGGUGGUAGAACUUGUGGCAGGCUGUAAGGCAAGUGUACAAAACUAUGGAAUACAAAAAUGAGUGUUGCUUUUGAGGGAGGUUAGGAGGACAUGCGUAUCACUUUUAGUCUCACACCCUGUAAUUCUUUUGCUCCUGGCGUUAGAAUAGGAUAUGGCUGUGCAUAAUCUUUGGGGGAGUUUGAUUGGAUUUCAUUAAAUUUUGGAGUAAGCCAAUGUCUAAAGGGAGUGGCGUACUCUGUACAUUACCCUAACUUCAC